ACGCUCGUGAAGCUGCUCAGCGCCAUACUGACUAGUGGCAGCCGGCUAGCUAAAGGAAACAACUGCUGCUGAAUUCAUCUCAAGGAUGUUGAGGAGUCCUCAAAUCAUCAUAGCAUGCUCUUUUCCAUUAAGGUCACGGUUGAUUCCUGCUGUCUCUGAACACACUGGUGCUCUAUGGCGAGGUUCAAGACACGUGAAGGAAAACCAAUGGAUUCUCAGUGGCAAUGAAUGGUCACCAUUAUCCAAAGACUCCGGAUGCUGCUCACUGAGGCUGUCAUUAUUGAACUCGGGCUGUGAUGAUCAUCGUCUGAUUGAGACUUCAUUUCAAAACCCUCGAUCCAGAACCUUUUUAAAUACAAGUCCCCAACCCCCUCAGCAUUCUACCUCAGAAAAAGACAAACCAGUUUCCGAUCCUUGUACAUCACCUGACGAGGACAAUUCAGGUCCAGACCCUCAAGCUCUGAGCACUUACCACAACUGCUUAACUAACACAACGUGCCUUCACGCCUGGAGAAGGCGUCGGGACUUCAGCCAUGUGCCAUUGAGUUUCUCCAGUAAGACUUUAUGUAACCUUACUCUUAACCCUUUGUAUCACAGACGUCAUUUUACCACAUUUUUCAGCCUGUCAACACAUACGUCACAAAUCACAAAUCACUUUCACAGUAGAUCACAAGCCGCCAGCAUCUUUAUUCAGCAAAAGAGACCUUUUUGCCAAGCUUCGCCUCAUGUGAUAGUCGACUGGAGAGACUGUCUAUCUGUGGAGAAUGAAAACCGGUGUCGACAGAGCCUGAGGCCCAACUUAAAGCUCUAUGACACGUUCACAGGGAGUAACUCAAGCGAGAGCCAGUGGAAUUGGGCAUCCAUCCUGAUCUCACUCUGCUCUGUUCAGGGACAGCCUGCGUUUCUCUUCACUUUACGCUCUACUGCUUUGGGCAGGAACAAAGGAGAUGUCAGCUUUGCAGGAGGAAAGUGUGAUCCGUCUGACAGUGACGUGGUGGCCACAGCCCUGAGGGAAACCUGGGAGGAGCUGGGUAUCAAUGUGGCAGUAGAGCAAGUCUGGGGUGUCCUGAAACCUCUCAGGGACAGAAGCAGAAUGGUGAUCGCUCCUGUGCUGGCUAACCUUGGUCCUCUAGAAGAGUUGUCCUUUAACCCAAACCCUGCAGAGGUGGAGGAGGUCUUCUCGUUGCCUUUAUCCCACUUGUGCAACCCGCAGAACUGUGGCUACACACACUUCCGGACGGGGGAUAAAUAUGGAUACACACUCCCAGUGUUUCACAACAGGAACCAGCGAGUGUGGGGCCUGACUGCUACUGCUUUAGAGCGGACCCUGAAACUUAUCGUUCCGUCUUAGCGGCGCAGUCAUUGACUUAUGAAGCACAUAAAAUACUGUGCAAAGGUCUUAGUGACCAUACAGUAAUACGGGAAACAUGAAUGCAGUUUUAAAAUAAGAGAAGAGGGUUAUUACAGGUUAAAGAGUCAAGUAUUUGGCGUGAUCUUCCUUUUUACUUCAAUGACAGCACAGCCCUGGCUGUCUUACACUUGGAGUGGAAGUGGAGUUAAUGUUAUUGCCUGUGUCACGUACGUCUGACAAAUAUCUGCUAUGGAAAAGGUCUCGUUUUUCAAGACAUGUUGAAUGAGUUAAACAUAAAGUUUUCUCAUGUGUAAAAGCAACGUUCAGUCGUAUCAUGUCACAUAUUAUAUUUAUAUUAUAUCGCUUCACGUUUGGAUAAAUGCAGACGAUCACAGACAUAAAAACCUCAGCGUUGCUCGUGCCGAGACUUUUGCACACUGUAAUCUGUGUAUCUUGUGAUUGAUUUAUAGUUUUGAAAAUGUGCAAUCAAACUUUGUGUAGCAAAUGCAUCUAUUUGUGUGAAUACAAACUGUUUUCAUCUUGAA